AUGGGUAUCAAGCAUCUGUAUCAGGUUAUCUCCGAAAACGCCCCCGAUGCGAUCAAAACGGGCGAGAUCAAGAACCACUUUGGCCGCAAGGUCGCCAUUGAUGCGUCCAUGAGCAUUUACAGUUUCCUGAUCGCCGUUCGCUCGGAAGGUCAACAGCUCAUGAGUGAGUCCGGAGAGACCACUUCCCACUUGAUGGGCAUGUUCUACCGCACGCUACGAAUGGUGGACAACGGCAUCAAGCCUCUUUACGUUUUCGACGGUGCCCCACCGAAGCUCAAGUCUGGCGAAUUGGCAAAGCGUGUUGCGCGCAAGGCGGAAGCUCACGAAGCCCACGAGGAGGCCAAGGAAACCGGUACGGCGGAAGACAUUGAAAAGUUCUCCCGCCGAACGGUCCGCGUUACCCGGGAGCACAAUGCGGAGUGCAAGAAGCUUCUCGAGCUGAUGGGAAUCCCUUACAUCAAUGCGCCGACGGAGGCUGAGGCACAGUGCGCUGUUCUGGCGCGUGCAGGCAAGGUUUAUGGAGCUGCGUCCGAGGAUAUGGAUACCCUAUGCUUCGAGUCGCCUAUCCUUCUGCGCCACCUCACCUUCAGUGAGCAGCGCAAGGAGCCCAUUCAGGAAAUCCACCUGGACCGGGCGCUGGAGGGUCUGAACAUGGAUCGUGCACAGUUUAUUGAUCUUUGUAUUCUACUGGGUUGUGACUACCUGGAGCCCAUCCCCAAGGUGGGAGCCCACACUGCCCUCAAUCUCAUCAAAGAACACAAGUCCCUUGAGAAGGUCCUUGAGUUCAUGAAGAACGACCCGAAGCAGAAGUUUGUCGUCCCCGAGGACUGGCCAUACCAAGAUGCACGGGACCUUUUCACCGAUCCGGACGUCCGUGCUGCAGACCACCCCGACUGUGACUUUAAGUGGGAUGCCCCCAACAUUGAAGGCCUGAUUGAUUUCUUGGUCAAGGACAAGGGAUUCAACGAAGACCGUGUGCGCAACGGUGCGGCGCGCCUCUCCAAGCACCUGAAGACCGCUCAACAGUCCCGGCUGGAGGGAUUCUUCAAGCCCGUCGCUAAGACCGAUGACGAAAAGGCAUCCCUCAAGCGCAAGCAUGAUGAAAAGCUCCAGCAGCAGAAAAAGAAAAAGAAGGAUGAUGCGAAGGCGAAGAAAGAUGCCAAAUCUAAGCCUCGCGGGGCGGGGUAG